AACACUAGAGUUAAGGUUGGCGUUGCGGCUUUUUUUAGGUUUAUUAUUCGAUUCGUAGGUUCACUUCAUUCAUUUGUGUUUUUGUUAAUAAUGCAAGUUUUAUAAUUUUUACAAACUCUAAUCGUUUGUAUCCAGUAAGAAUGUGGUAUUUAACAUCUGAUAAUGAUUCAAGGGUUAUAUAUGUAUUGCCUUUUAAACAAAUAAUUAUAGGUAGAAGUGUGGAUGGUCAGAUGUGCAAUUUUGCGAUUCCUGAUGAUGCAUCGAUUAGUAGAAAGCAUGCUACACUAGAUAAUGGAGGAAAUCAUCUGAUACUUCACGAUUUGGGAUCAAGAUAUGGUACGUUUGUCAAUAAUUCUACCAGUAAAAUAGACAGUAACGUGCCCAUACAACUGAAAGCGAAAGACGUUAUCAAACUUGGAAAAUUAAACAGCUUAUGGACUGUUAAAUCAGCAAAUCUCGUUACUUGCACGUCUACAUUAAAAGGAGAAAGUCUACAAAACCUAAAGUCAUGCUUGAAUAAGAUUGGUGGAAUAUUAAAAAAUGAAUGGGAUGAUUUUUGUUAUUAUCUCACCAUGCCAGCUAUAACCUUGACUAUCAAAGUUGUUUUGGCGCUUGUACAGGGAUCGCACAUAGUCACGACAGAAUUUUGGAGCCAUUGCAUAGCAGCUGUAGAUGCAAAUCAACCUUUACCAGAUCCUAAAAACUACACCCCCAAUAUUGUUGAAUCUACUCUCAAUAAAGAAAUAGUGUCAUUUAAUCCUGAUAUACGAAGACGAUCUUUAUUUAGCAAUAAAAAAAUAGUUUUCUUUUCAAAAAAGCAAUUUGAAAUGUAUAAAUCAGUGCUUACUAAAAGCUGUGGUACUCCUAUGCUAUUGAGUGAAUGUAAAAUGACUAAGUCCAUGUUAUGUGAGCAGGAUGUGAUUGUAAUUCAGUAUAACAUCACUAAUACUGAAUCACAAAUAGUGGCAAACCAAGUUAAUGAAAUUGUUAAUUAUUUGAAGAAUAAUAACAAGAGAGUGAUUGCUGAUGCAGAAAUAGGCCUGGCUGUUUUGUUUUGCAACACUGAAAAAUACUGUAAUCCUAAUUUUAAUUUUACCUCUGAAGUUAUGAAACAAACUCCCAAACAAGAAAAAAUGCCGACAAAUGUUUUGGUCCAAGAGUCACAAGAAACUCACUGUGUGUCUAAAAAAGAAAAUGUUGUCAUAAAUGAAAGCCUUACAUCAGAAAAUGUAGAUGAAAACAAUACAUCUAACAAUUUAUUCAAAAGAAAGCACAGUAAUGAUGUUACCGAAAAUGCUCAUAAGAAAUUUGCUUCAGAGCAAGGAUCACUGCUUAACAAUAAGAAUAAUAAAAGGAAAAAUGAAGAUAUUAAUGAUGAGCAACCAAACAAGAAGAUGACAGGGGCUUCCCAAAUUGAUGAUGAAAUCUUUAAUUUUAUUAGCCCCUCUACAAAUAAGACUGUCAAUCGAGAUAAUGGAGUAGGAAAGAAAUUAAAUCUAAUGAAGCCACAGAAAAGAAAGCAAGAUGCCGAACCUGGUGAAGAUGAUGAAGACAAUAUAUUUAAUUUUGUUCAUGAUAAAACAAAAUCCAAUGAAGAUUCAACUAACAAUAUCUUUAACAUGAAAAAAAAAUCUCGUAUGGAGAUCAAUGAUGAAAUUGCUGAGGAAGAAUCCAUAGUAAUUAAAAAAGAAGUUGAGGAAAAGAUUGAUAUUUCUGCAUUAAGAGGCCGUAGGUUGGAAGAAUUAAUGAAGUUGAAUUUGGAAUUAAAUGGCAAUCCUGUUCACAAAAUAAAAAAAGAGCAAGAUGAUGAUUUGGACAGUAGAAUGAAUAAGUUGGAUUUGGGCACUACAAUAGUAAUCAUUAAUAAUGACUUGAUUGUUAAAAAGGAGCCCUUGUUGAUUGAAUCUGAAAGAAAUACUGCAGGAAAGAAUUUUAAGAAAUUUAAGAAAGUAUGGCCUUUGAAAAUGCAAGUGUCUGUUAUUUCAACAUCUAAAUCAGAUGAUCACAUAAAUCAACAAAUCUCUGGAAGAGAUGAAUCAUGUUCUCAGGUGUACUGAAUAAAUAUGUUCAUGUUAAUAUCACACUCAACAAAUUGAAUACAAUUAGGUGUAAUUGCCAGUAUACUUUCAAAACUACAUUUCAUGUUAUGAAUAAAAUAAAGAUUAUCUUACAUAA